AUGCGAACUCUGUCGUGUCGCGCCUGCAGUGCCGCCAAGACAAAAUGCACCAGCUCUCAUCCAUCGUGCACUCGAUGUCUGCGACGCGGCAUCGAAUGUAUAUAUGAACAGCGGCCCGGUCGGCGGCAACUGCCCAAGCAAGACGGCGCCGAUGAGGCCGCUCCAAUGGACACACGAACACCAACAGACUCAGUAGGCACUAAUCUAGACGACGGCAAUGCAGUCAGCCUGAUGGCCAAUUUCGACCAACUGGCAAAUAACAUGAUCUGGGACGGGCAGUCUAAUUCCACGGACUUUCUUUUAAUGGAUCCAAGCCUCGCUGUUCUCAAGACCACACAAGUUUCUGCACCGACGGUGACCACCGCACCGAUGGUGGCAGCCACUCCCGACUUCACAUUCGGCUUGCAAAGCUGGGGCAUAGAUACGCCGGAGCUGCUUGCUGCACUUUCUGCGCCGCCAAAGGUCUCGCCCUUGGCCGAUGCGAGGUCUCUCACGCGGCUACCUAUUGAUGAUCCCAUCGCACAGCGACACGCCACUCAUCUGAUUCAAAUCCUGCGAGCUUUCCCGCAAAUGAUGGUCCGCAGAGCGGUUUUCCCACCCUUUAUUCAUCCCAACUGGCACCGUGGAGAUGGGCCUGAAGUGCGGAAGACACUGCCCGAGCCGAUUGGUAACUGCAUGAGUAUUGCACAGAUGUUCGCCUCCAGAACGCCCGAUACGAGAGCCUUUGUUUGGAACGCUAUUAGGACCGAGCAGCGACGACUAAUGGAACAGUGGGUUUCCUUUCCUGUUCCUACAAAUCGGGUGACGAAAGUUGUGCUAAUGGGAAAGAAUCAGACUCUCUGCGGCCGCUUCCGCGCGCUUUGUCAAGGCCCAUUUAGUCUUCCAGAGCAAACACACCCUAGCCGGGGCUGGCCCGACUGGGUAUUUGCCGAGUCUCGGCGCAGGGUCGCAUGCAUCUGGUUCCUGAUCGGACAAGUCAUAUCCACCAAAACGGGUAUCCCUUGCGACACGUCGGAAGAAUAUCAUUGUCUUCCCUUGCCGGGUGGCCGAUCCCUGUGGGAAUGCCGAACUAAUCAAGGCUGGGAAGCGGAGUACAGCGAAACACAGACAACUAUUCCUGGGAGGCAGCUUACGUAUUUCGGUGACUUGAUGGAGGCUCAAAAGGCGAACGGUGACCCGAGCAUGAUUCACAAGAUGGAUUCAUGGAAUGCAGAGGCUGAUACAAUGGGGUUUAUGCUUACGCUAGCUACAGCUAUGGUUUAG